GACAGAAAGGUGGACUGGCGGCGCUGGAAGGAGGAAAGGAAAGCGGAGAAGAAGAAAUGGAAGGAAUUGAAGCUGCUGAAGAAACUGGAGAAACAGCGGAUGCGAGAGCUGGCAGAACAAGAAGCCCAGACGCAGGAGGAGCAGAAGGAAGACAGAGGCCGACAGCACACGCUGAGCGUGGCCCUGCCCGGCUCCAUCCUGAACAACGCGCAGUCGCCGGAGCUGCGCACGUACCUGGCGGGACAGAUCGGCCGGGCCUGCGCCAUCUUCUGCGUGGAUGAGAUCGUGGUGUUCGACGAGCAUGGAGAGGACGUGAGGAGCGUGGAGGGAGAUUUUGAAGGAAUUGGAAGGAAAGGCAAGGCUUGUGUGCAGCUGGCUCGGAUCCUGCAGUACUUGGAGUGUCCUCAGUAUUUGAGGAAAUCCUUUUUUCCAAAGCAUGCGGAUCUGCAAUUUGCAGGGUUGCUCAACCCCCUGGACAGCCCUCACCACAUGAGGGUGGACGAGGACUUGGAGUACCGGGAGGGCAUCGUGCUGGACCGGCCAGCGAAGUCAGGCAAAGGCUCUUUAGUUAACUGUGGGAUGAGGAAGGAGGUGCGGAUUGACAAACAGCUGAACCCUGGUCUGCGAGUCACCGUGCGCCUGGACAAGCCCCAGAACCCAGAAGCCAAAGUGCGGAAAGGCACUGUGGUGUCCUCGCACCAUCCCCGGGAAGCCUCAGGCUUGUACUGGGGUUACAGCGUCCGCCUGGCCUCCUGCUUGAGUGCUGUCUUUUCCGAGUGCCCAUUCAAGGAAGGCUAUGAUCUCUCUAUUGGGACCUCAGAACGGGGCAGCUCUGUGGACCAAGUCACUCUGCCCUCCUUCAGGCAUGCCCUUGUCGUCUUUGGAGGCCUUGAGGGCUUGGAAGCUGGGGUUGAUGUGGAUCCAAACCUGGAGGUCACUGACCCAAGUGUCUUGUUUGACUUCUACGUGAACACGUGUCCCAGCCAGGGCAGCAGAACCAUCCGGACCGAGGAAGCACUGCUGAUCUCUCUGUCUGCGCUGAGACCACACCUUGAGGAGGCUGUGAAGACACCCAGAGACAGCUGAGGGAAGGGAAACCAGUGACCUUGCCCUUGGGGAGGCAGCUCUUCAACUGUGGGGUGCUGGGCGAGUCACUCCAUCACUCCAGGAGCCUGGUGGGACCAAGGCACAGUGUGUCUGGAGCUGGCAGCACUGCCCAACCAGACAUUCACUGCUGCUGGGAGCAGCAAGUCUGUGCCCUCCUGCCUGCAUGUUCCAGCCAGGGACUGGUUGCUGCUUCCCAGUAGCUGGCACGAGCCUGGCAGCAGGCUUGGUCUCAGCAACUCGGACAUCUUGGGUGGGAAUAAAACAGUAUGGAACCUCAGUUGCU